UUUCUCCUCCCUUCUUUUUCUUCUUCUUUUGGUCUAUCGAGGCGUAGUCUAGUCAACCGCGCGUUUCAAAGCCAUUUCCAGAAGCUGCGAGCAGACCGAGCGGAGCAGCCUGCUGGAGCCGAGGACGGAUCGCCCGGGGAAAGACUCCUCGUUCCUCAGGACGAUGGUGCUGGACAAGGAAGAGGGUGUGCCGAUGCUCUCCGUCCAGCCCAAAGGGAAACAGAAGGGGUGUGCUGGCUGCAAUCGCAAGAUUAAAGACCGCUACCUGCUCAAGGCCCUGGACAAAUACUGGCAUGAGGACUGUCUCAAAUGUGCCUGCUGCGACUGCCGCCUGGGGGAGGUGGGCUCCACCCUCUAUACGAAAGCCAACCUCAUCCUCUGUCGCAGGGACUACCUGAGGCUCUUUGGUACAACAGGGAACUGUGCAGCCUGCAGUAAACUGAUCCCAGCCUUUGAAAUGGUGAUGAGAGCCAGAGAUAAUGUUUACCAUUUGGACUGUUUUGCCUGUCAGCUUUGUAACCAGAGGUUUUGCGUGGGAGACAAGUUUUUCCUAAAAAACAACAUGAUUUUGUGUCAAAUGGACUAUGAGGAGGGCCAGCUGAAUGGGAGCUUUGAGACACAGGUUCAAUAGUUGGACUCUCAUGGCAGCAACAAUCGGCUCCACACUUUACACACAAGAUGGAUGUUCUGCUGCACUUGGAAAAAGACAAGCGUCUGUCUGCUUGCCUGCAAUACUUUUUAAACCCCUUUAUCAGUCCCUAAGGACUUUAUUGUAAAUGUUCAACUUUUUGCCCCCCCCCACACCCCAACACUGAGCAGUUACACAUUUUGAUGUACAGUUGUGCCUGCUUAGCUGAGCACUGUAUUGCUUGUAUGUUUUGUGAAAUUUGUUUCAGGUUUGUUUUCUUUUUCUUUUAGAAAUGGUUCACUGGAGGGUAUGUACAGUCUGUUUUCUCUGUAUAUAUAAACUGGAACAUUUAUUUUAUGAAAUGUAAUGCAAUUUUAUUACUAGUGUGAAUUAAAGAUUCUUAAAUGUU